CUAAAUUUAUACAUUCAUGAUCAAGUGUGUAUAUUAAUUGCAUUAUAAAGUUGAUUUGUUAUUGUUUGAUUUAAAUUAGUUAAAAAUCAAAACAAACCAAACUUAAAAUGGAUAUAAUAUUGAAAAUUGUAAUGUUGUUUCGAAUUAUUGUUUUUUUCUUCUUUUUAUGUUAAGUCAAUUAUUUGUCGAAGAAAUUGCUUCAAUUUUUGCGAUAAUAAAACCAAGGAUGAUCGCGCAAGGAAAAAGAGAUAUUUCCCGUGCAUCGUACGGAAACGUCUAGUUAUUUAUAAAAUACAUAUUUUUUAAAUUAAAUCAUUUUUAUUAUGUUAAAAUCUAAAAUAAUAAAUAGUUAAAUUACUAGAUAUCAACAACAACUUUUAAAAUAAAAUUAUUAUUAUCAUUUAAAAAAAUUAUACGAAUAAUUUUUCGUUUUGAAAAAAAAAAUUAAAAAUCAUUUUUUAAAUACAUAAACCCUAACCUAAUAUAGUUUUUAUUUAUUUAUUUUUUACACAUAUUUAAUUCUUUUUUUUAUUAAGUUCCAGACUCUCCCCUUUCUUCUGUUCAACCACCGUCCUACCGAACUCCCACCACCGCAGCUUCCGUUAUUCUCUUCUCGCUCCGCCGCUUCCUGAACAACUUCUCUCUAUAACUUCACCUGUAAUGGAACAAAUUGAAGCAAAAGAACAAGAUUUAGCUAAUUUCAAAAUUGGCUCUUUGCCAAAUUUAUUUUAUAUUCCUGACUUCCUCACUGAUGCUGAUCAAACCCUUCUUCUCAACAAUAUUUAUGGAGCUCCUUCAUCUAAGUGGAAGUUGUUGAAGAAUAGAAGGCUUCAGAAUUGGGGCGGCGUUGUCCAUGAGAAGGGCCUUCUACCUCAAGCUUUGCCUCCAUGGUUAACAAAUCUCACACAUAAAAUAUCUGAAGAAUUGGGACUUUUCCCAUCACCAAUCAAUCAUGUUCUCAUAAAUGAAUACCAACCUAACCAAGGCAUAAUGCCACACCAAGACGGACCUUCCUAUUUUCCAGUUGUAGCUAUUCUAUCAAUUGGAUCUCCUGUUGUCAUGGACUUCACUCCCCAUGCCAGCUUAAAACUUGAUUCACAAGUUAUUGACAAAGAAUCGGAUGGAGAAACUAUUGAGACCGUGAAAGAUAAGUGGCUUGACGAUCACCGUCCAUUCUCUGUUAUAUUGAUGCCUCGCAGUUUAUUAAUAUUCAAGGAUAAGGCAUACACCGAUUACUUGCAUGGUAUAAAAGAUUGUGAGGUACAUGGCUAUGAUGGGGCUGUAAAUGAAGCUGAAGCUUUGAAACACAAUGCAUCAUACAGACACCUUUCUGGCUCAGAGGAUAAGGAGGAAACAAUAGGAAAAGAAGAGUGUAAGAAUAUAUCAAGAACUUCAAAUAGAGUUUCAUUGACUUGCCGAUUGGUUCCAAAAGUUCACAAGAAUUUGUUUAGGUUUUGAAAUUGUAUAUAUUAAUAUUUCAUAUUCAUUCAAUAGAUAGUUCAACUGACAGAACAAAAUUUGUUCGAAUAAAAUACGAUUAAGUUGAUUUUUCACUUAA